CCUCGUCUGUCUCGUCAAGAUUCUUUUUCGACUUCGAUUCGACACACGUCACGGCUCCCUUCUGCCGCGUCUCUUCUCCUCAGCCGAACCCGCUUCUCUGCUACAAACUCAGGUUGCCUCAUGCCACCCAUGGCUUCUUUCAUUUUGAUCAAAUCCGCCCCCAUUACCAACACAGAUCUCUCUUGAGGACGCUUCGAUACCACCCAUAACCGAAAGCACCAAAUUCCGGCUACGCUCAGCUGUGCUACUCCGAAUAGCUAACCCGCAAGGCUCGGCAAACGACGGCAAACAGAAGCCCAAAACGAACCUAUUGGACCGAGACAAUGGCCAUGGAGGGCAUGAGCGAAGCACAGUUCAACGAGACCCUUGACCAGAUCAACCAAAACAUCAACGACGACGACAAAGAAUUGUUUGUUGCCAUUGUUGCUCUCGUCAUCUCCAUUGUCGCCUUGCUUGCAUCCCUCCUGCAGGUCGCACAACAGUACUUUGCCUCCGCCGCUGGCUAUUCAAGUUGUGGCAGCAAAGUGAUAGGAAAAUGGUCCGAAUCCAAGCAGCGCAAAAUCAAGUUCACCGAGUUCCGAUUCGAGGUUCUCUUCGAAGCUCCCGUUAUCUUCCUAUGCCCUCCAACGAAUAAGAAGGGUCCUGUCAAAGGCGAGUCCAUCAUAUUCAUUGAUGGCUCGGAAAAAAGCUUGCUGUACAGCCGGUCAGAACUUCAAGACGAAAAAGGUGUUUCCGACAACAAGGAGAUCACGAAACAGUCAGUCCACACGGCUGACAAUGAGCGGGCUUCGUGGGUAGCGCUCCUCUCCGCCCUGCAGGAAAUGGAAUAUAAAUCUAGGGAAUGGCAAAAAAGACAGUACACCGAUGUAGUCUACGGGAAGCCACCAAAAGGAUCUGACCAGCUCGAGGAUCCAGAAAACGUCACCAAUAUCCUCAAAGAAGUCAGCGAAAAGUAUACUCUGACGGUCGCCAUUCAGAAGAAACGUAGGAGCUGGGAUACAAUGCCGUCCAACGUCAAGAAGCCAUACGCCACUACGACGUGGUGCCACAUGGUCGAAAUGCUAGCUAUGCUCGGCGUUUAUUGGGUCGAGUUCAACAGGACCAACGAUAGAUACCGCGCAGAGGGUAAUGGCUAUACUAUCACGGGGGAAAAGGUCAGUGAUCUUGGCAUCAUGUUCACAUUCCAGGUCUAUGGACGCAGUCGAUUCGAGAACAAUCGUGUCAUACCCGUGGACGAGACCAAAGAGCUUUGCUUUGGCUUUCUCCCAACUAUCUACCGGGCAACAUCGGACAAUCGACGUCUGAAGUUCCCCAACGACGAGCCUCGUGACUUGUCGACCUUGAACUUUGCUAGUAACCACGAAAUCGCCGAAACUCUAGUCUUGAUCGGCUGCAACACCAACACCGUCAAUUAUUUUUCCUCUACGUCGACGGCCAGGGUUGGGCAUUUGUUCCCUGUCGCUUUUGAGAUAGUAGGCAUGUUGGGACGUACACUUCACAUCGAGAAAAGCGCGUUCCGUCUACUACCCAAUCCUACUCACUAUCGCUGGGACACGAAGAACUUCUCCCUAACCAGGCUGCUGGAGGCGUACACUAUGCAAAUGAACAAACUCAAGUCGGAUCAGCCGACUCCUAGCCUGGUGGGCCGAGCAAUUAGGAGGAACAUCCGUAAGAUCAAUGGACUGAUCAAGAAGCACGCGGCCACCUCUGCCAAUUGGCCAAGCCUGCCCCUCAUGGAUGCUCUACACGAGGCCCUCAAUGAUACCGACGAGAUUCUGACGGCAAGGGCGAAAGUGUCUCGACCAACAGCGCCUCCACGGGUUGACUCGAUGAUGACUGGAAAGCCCUCGGUUUUUGAACCAAAUGCUGAAGGGGCAAUCGAGAGCGCACGACGCGAGAUGGUUCAAGAUGUGUUACGCAGUCAUAUCCAGGAGGUCUUGGGAGGUUUCAACGAGAAGCCGGAAAAGACAGCUCAAAAACCUCCUGGUAACGCCGCAACGAUAGAAAACAGAGUAAGAAGCCAGCUUCGAUUCGAGGAUAUCGACGCUGCGCCGCCAGAACUCAAGCAGGAGAAACUCAUGGAGGUCUAUUUCCGCUUGGUGCGGAGAAAGGUCAUUGAGGUGUCUCGAGAGUCGUCAGACAGGCGCGAACAGCCUAUUGUGGGGUUCGGCGGCCUCAAGAAACGGAACCAAACCAACUUCAGUACACGGACCGUUGAGACGAUAGACGACGAAGAACCGAUAUCGCUGCACGAGUUGGGCGAGGAAGAAGUUACCCACGAGGAUAUCUGGUGCACGCUUAUUUUCCGGAUGAUUUGUUGGCUCAUGCUACAUGAUUUCCACAAGAAAGACAUCCAGGUAUCAAAGAGCGAACUGUUGGGCAGCCGACUACCAGUCUACAUCUCCUAGUUUGAGAAUACGACGAUGACAUCCACCGCCAUCUCAAGCAUUUACAGGCAUUUUGGGAAACAAAAUUGCAUUAAUAGUAUAUGGGCUUGGAUGAAUUAUGAGUAUGAUAGCGAGUAGCGUGAUGUCUCCAAGAGGCCCUGAUGGGUGCGGGACAUGAAACAAUUUCGGUAUUUAAGGUAGCUUACGAAUGAUGACAAUGACGAUCAAACAAUCUCAUUUAAAGGA